AACGCGCCGAGCCCGCGCGACACCCCGGCGGGGCAGCGCCGGCGCGCUUUACGGCAGCGCCCGCCGGCGGGAGCACGCGGCGGCGCCAUGAGGAGACCGAAGCUGCGGAAGGCGAGCAAGCGGCUGAGCUGCCACAAGCGCUACAAGAUCCAGAAGAAGAUCAGAGAACACCACCGAAAGGUCCGGAAGGAGGCCAAGAAACGCGGGCACAAAAAGCCCAAGAAGGACCCCGGCAUUCCCAGCGCCGCGCCGUUUAAGGAGGAGCUGCUGCGGGAAGCGGAGCAAAGGAAGCAGAGGCUUGAAGAACUGAAACAAAAGCAGAAGCUCAACAGACAGAAAGAACAUGAAAAGAAGAGGAAGCUGGAAGCUAAAAAGAAUGCAGCCACAAUCAAGGAGCAAGCAGAGGGAAGGGAAUCCUCUGGCAAAUCUAAAGGAAAGGCUAAAAAACCGCUGAAUAAAAAUUCUAAGAAAUCAUUCUGCAGGGAGCUCAUGAAGGUCCUUGAGGCCUCAGAUGUGGUUCUGGAGGUUUUGGAUGCCAGAGAUCCAAUGGGCUGCAGGUGUCCUCAGCUGGAGCAAGCUGUCACUGCCUCUGGAGGGAACAAAAAGCUGCUGUUGGUUCUGAACAAGAUUGAUUUAGUGCCAAAGGACAACAUAGAGAAAUGGUUGAAUUAUUUGAAGAAGGAGUUUCCAACUGUUGCUUUUAAGUCAGCAACAAUGAUGAAGGACAAAACUAUGCAGGAACAGGUCACAAAAAGACAUGCACGUGUUGAUUUCUCAGAAACCUCUCAGUAUUUUGGAAGCAAAUGCCUUUUGAAGCUUCUUCAGGGGUAUGGCAAGACCCAAGACAAAGCCAUUCAGGUCGGGGUGGUAGGUUUCCCUAACGUGGGAAAGAGCAGCAUAAUCAACAGUCUCAAAGGAAAGCGUGCUUGUAAUGUUGGCAUGGCAAGAGGUGUUACCAAGUCCAUGCAAAUUGUGCACCUUGAUAAGCAGACAAAGAUGCUGGACAGUCCAGGUUUAAUUGCAGAUCCUUCUAACAGUGCCCUUGCUCUGGCCUUGAGAAGCAUCAUAGACCCUGAAGGAUCAGACUCGGCAGAUGUGCUUGAAGGAGUAAAUGCCAUAAUAAAUCACUGCAGUAAGCAGCAGGUAAUGAUGCACUAUAAUAUCCCAGAUUUCAGGGACCCUGAAGAGUUUUUAUCUUUGUUGGCUCAGAAGAGGGGCAUGCUGAAAAAGGGAGGUGUUCCUGACAUAGAAAAUAUGGCUAAAUUAGUGCUUUGUGACUGGACAGGAGCCAGAAUAAAGUACUACUCACAACCUCCAGGACUUCAGAAGCCACCUCCCUAUCUUACAGAACAAAAAAUAGCUGAAAUGCGGGAAGGCUUUAAUUUACAUAACCUAGAUCAAGAAAACAGCAACACUGUUCAAGCUUUAAAGCACCCCAGUCCAGCAAGCAGCAUUGCUUUUCAGUCAGCUGGAAUGACAAAUGGGAUAAUAGAGGAAAAUAAAGUGAUAGAGGAAGAAUCAAAGUGGGGAAACAUGGAAACAAACAAGGAGGAGGAGGAAGAGGAAGAAGAAGAGGAGGAAGAAGAGGAAUUCACAGAAAGUGAUGAUGAUGAAGAUGAUAUGGAAGAAGAUGAUGAUGAUGAUGAUAUAGAGGAAAGCCAAGUUCAGCUCACCAGAAAAACAAAGCCUGGAAAACGCCAAACGAAGCCUACAAAUCCCAAAGAGCAGGGGGCAGGAAAUGAACGUUCCAGAUCACUGUCCUUCAGCUUAGAUAAACCAGCAGAUGGAGAUGAUGCCUAUGAUUUUAAUACAGACUAUGUGUAACAAACCAGGUGGGAAGGCACUGUCUGGAGAGCUGCUACUGCCUUUCAGAACAGUCAGGAGCACUGGGGCUGCAGCAGAAGCUGGAGGAGAGCUGCAGAACCAGAGCUGCUGCAAGGACUCAGUUGUUGCUGUGUCAGAUAAUGUACAUAAUAGUGCAUCUCCCUUGAUAGCUCGAUUUUAUACAGAUCCAGGAAACUGAUUGUAAUUCAGCUUUGUCAUAAAGUUUAUUUCCCAUAUUAAAGCCUAAUUUAAGAAAUUC